AUGUACGGAGACCCAGACUUUGGGAGCGAUGAGGAGUGGAGGCUGGAAAACAUCCUGGACUUCCGAGAUGAGGUGCUGGACCUCCCCGAAGAGGCGUGUGACCCGGAGGAAUUGGAGUUCCUGGUUGAGCAGGAAUGGGAGCUCGAGAUUGCCUUCAAGCGACUGUUUGACGGUAACCAGCAGCCUGGCAUGGCUCCCGUUGCCUGGGACUGUCCACGAGAAAUUGCAGACAGUCAAAAAGAUGAGGAGCAAAUGGGGUCUGGAAGAUAUUCCUGUCCUGAAUGCAGAGAGAAGUUUCAGGAUCGUCCUGCACUGCAGAGGAACAUAACACUACGUAACAUAGCAGAGACUUUCCUGUCUCCUCAGCCAGAUCAGGAGGAGUCCGGGGUCUUCUGUACUCACUGUGUGGACUCUCCUGUACCUGCUGUUAGAUCCUGUCUGCUCUGUGAGGUUUCUCUGUGUAAUAAACACCUGAGAGUCCACAAAAAGUCCCCAGAACACAUCUUAUGUGACCCCACCUUGUCCAUGGAGAGCAGGAAAUGCUCCGUCCAUAAGAAGAUCCUGGAGUAUUACUGCACUGAGGAUGAUACUUGUAUCUGUAUGUCUUGUUGUCUGAUUGGAGAACAUAAAGGACAUGAGAUGGAGUCACUGGAUGAGGCUUCUGAGAAGAAGAAGGAGACACUGAGGAAUGUUCUGCAGGAACUUCUGACAAAGAGAGAGGAGACGGAGGAAAGAGUCCAGAGUCUGCAGGAACACAGGAGGAAAGAAGAGGAAAAAGCAGCUGGUGACACCGAGAGAGUCACUGCCUUGUUUAGAAAUUUUAGGAGAUGUCUGGAAGAUCUGGAAAAGAGAAUCCUGAGGGAAAUCUCCGGGAGGGCAGAGCGGAUCUCCAUCUCCAUCCGGGAUCUGGAAAUAAAGAAGGAGGAGCUGUCCAGGAAGAUGCGUCACAUUGAGGAGCUGUGUAACAUGACGGAUCCACUGACUGUCUUACAGGAAUCAGACACAGGUGACUUGUGUGAUACUGAGUAUGGAGAUAAUGAGGACAGAAAGAGACAUGAGAAGCUCCUCCAUGAUGAAGGGGGUCUGGAUGUAGGUGGAAUUUCACACACAUUAUACACAGGUUUAUCUUAUAUAAUAUCAGAGGUAAAUGAAUUCUAUUUACAGAAAGCUGCAGACAUAUUACUGGAUGUAAACACAGCUGGUAAUAAGCUCCAUAUAUCAGAUGACAGGAAAACUGUAUCCAAGUCAGAUAGAAACCAGAAUCGUCCAGAAACUCCAGAGAGAUUUCAGUUUUAUUCCCAGGUGUUGAGCAGUCGGAGUUUCUCCUCAGGGAGAUAUUACUGGGAAGUGGAAGUCGGGGGAUCAGAUGGAUGGGUAGUCGGGAUGUGUUACCCCAGUAUAGAGAGGACAGGAGAGCAGUCAGGGAUUGGAGAUAAUAAGAAGUCCUGGGGUUUAUACAGGGAUAGUUAUCAGUGUGAGGUGAUACAUGACAGUCAUGAAAUCUGCUUACCCGCCAAUAUCUCCAGUAACAGAGUCAGGAUAUAUCUGAAUUAUAAGGCCGGGCGGAUCUCCUUUUAUGAUCUGUGUGACCCGAUCAGACUCCUCCACACCUUCACCACCACCUUCACUGAGCCCCUCCAUGCUGGAAUAUGGGUAGGAAGAGGUUGUAUAAAGAUAUGUGGGGGGAAUCAGAUGUGAAAACUCCACCCACACUCUGGCAAUGUCACAGGGAGGGGGGUAGGAUUGGUAGAAUAUUCAGCCAAUGGGAUAAAGCAGUGGGUGGGGCUUCAGUUUGUGUCCUGCACAUAUUUCUACACUAAAUAAUAAUAAGUGAGAAUUCUCCCUCUUUUGCUGAUCACUGUGAUUGGUUACAACAUUGUCAGGGCCAGUGCUACCACUAGGGGCACCCAGCCACUGGAGUUCCUACUUUCUUCUCUCUUUAGCAAGCAACUAAGUCUCAGCAUCAGCAGGCAGCCACCACUCAGUUCGUAUAUGGUGUCAGAGACACAGACGCAGAGGAGGACUGUGUCUGUGUCCCGACUCCCGAAUUAAUGGAAGCAAUCAAACAUUCAUUAAUGGGCGCUGGUAGGCCGCAUUUGAUGGAAACUGGUGAGGCUGCAUUUGAUGGGCGCUGGUGAAGCUGCA